AUGGCGACUUCCUCAACCGCAGCGGACCGCAAAAAUGCUCAGAUCGACAUUGAUGACCUCGAGUUGCAGGCUCAGGGAUAUACCCGGGCUAUGCCGCGACGAUUCUCUCUCCUCUCACUCAUAUCGAUGUCUUAUGCCCUCCUCGCAACCUGGAAUGGCUUUGGCAGUGCUUUCGGUACCGGCUUUAUCGAGGUGUCCUCUGCAGGUUCCAUCUGGACUCUUACCCUCGCAGGGGCCAUGACUGCAGUCACAGGAAUCGGCAUGGCCGAAUUGUCCAGCGCGUACCCUGUUGCUGGCGCUCAAUACUAUUGGUCUUUUGUUGUCUCCACCCCUGAAUGGGCACCAUUUGCUUCAUACAUAUCUGCGGGAAUCAGCACGUUAGGAUGGUGGCUAGGCCUCGCCAGCGUGACAAACUUCAUCGCGGCAAUGAUCACUGGAAUUGCUGUUCUCAACAAUCCAGACUAUGUUAUACAAAGGUGGCAUAUCUGGUUGGUAUUUGUGGCAGUUACCUGGUUAGCUGUUGCACUGAAUGUGUUUGCGACAAAAUGGCUUCCUAUGUGGAACAAAUUUAUUCUUUACUUCUCAGUAACGACCCUAGGAGUUACAAUGAUCACUAUUCUGGCGUGCGCCGCGCCCAACUUUCAAUCCGCCAAAUUUGUCUUCACGGAUACCACCAAUUCCACUGGCUGGAGUAACGACGGUCUCGCCUUCCUAUUUGGGUUAGUGAACGCUUUAUAUGGCUUCCUUGGAGUAGAUGCGGGCGCCCACCUGUGCGAAGAGAUCCCGAAUCCCACUAUCAACGUACCGAAAGUCAUUAUGUAUCCCGUGUUGAUGGGAUUUGUCACUUCUUUUCCAUUUGCCAUCUCGCUGUCCUUUGUGAUCACCGACUUUGACAGUGUCAUCUCCACUCCCACCGGCCUUCCUCUUAUCGAAGUCUACUAUCAAGCCACAGGCAGCAAGGCCGGCACUACAGUCCUCAUGUUGGCCUUUGCGCUCUGCUUUUUCGGUUGUGCCGCUGCCAACAUCACCAGUGCAAGUCGCCAAAUGUGGUCAGCAUCAAGGGACAACUGUUUCCCUCUUUCUAGGUACUGGAAGCAGGUUCACCCGAGAUGGCAGAUGCCGCUGAACGCAGCAUGCUUACAAGCAACACUUGUUUCGCUGUACGGCUUGAUCUUCCUGGGCUCGUCGGCCGCAUUCUCUUCCAUGGUUGGAGCUUGCAUCGUCUUUAUGACAACAUCAUAUGUAAUCCCUCAAGGAAUUCUGGCAUGGCGUGGGCGCGACAAAGUCCUCCCUCCCAGGGCAUUGAACUUGGGGAAAUUUGGGCUUCCCAUGAACGUGCUUUCUUGUGUCUGGGUGGUCUUCAUCGACAUCAUCUACUGCAUUCCCAUUUCGUACCCAGUCACACUCGAGAAUAUGAAUUGGAUCAGCGUGGUUACUGUUGGUUUGGUCUCGUUCCUUCUAGUCGCUUGGUUCACAAGCCAGCGAUAUGUGUUCAAAGGGCCGAAUAUCAACUUCGAACUUCUUCAGGCCGCGCGCCAUGAUGAGCUUCUGGGUCAUCGAACAAUUGAAGGGAUUGCAGUUGGAGAUGAAAAUGAGAUCCUUGAAGCACUUAGACAGCGCUCGAUCUCCGAGGCCAAGAAGGCAUAG